AUGUCAAGAGUCGUUGUUACUGGGCUUGGUACAGUAAGUCCCUUAGGUGUAGGUGUGAAGACGGCAUGGGCUGCUCUUUUAGCUGGGAAGAGUGGGAUCGUAUCAACUGAUUCCCUAAAUGAUGAAAGAUAUCAUAAAAUCCCUUCAAAAGUGAUUGGGAAAGUUCCAUUAGGUGAGACAUCAGAUGGGAAAUGGAAUCCUGAUACUUAUUUUGCCAAAGGUGAAGCAAGAAGAUUAGCUCCUUUUGCUCAAUAUGCUUUAGCUGCUACUCAUGAAGCUUUAAACGAUGCUAAUUGGCAUCCAACUGAACUUGAAGAUCAAUUAAACACUGGUGUUAUAGUUGGUUCUGGUAUUGGUAGUAUAUCUGAUACUUUUGAUAAUGCAGUUGCCUUGAGUAAUGGUGGUUAUAGGAAAGUUCAACCUUUAUUUAUACCAAAAAUGUUACCAAAUAUGGCUGCUGGUGCUAUUUCAAUAAAAUAUGGUUUAAAAGGACCAAAUCAUGCUCCUUCUACAGCAUGUGCAACUGGUAAUCAUUCUAUUGGAGACGCUUAUAGAUUCAUUAAAGAUGGUUACGCUAAUGUUAUUGUUGCUGGUGCUGCAGAAGCACCGAUUCAUCCUUUAGCAUUGUCGGGAUUUGCAAGAGCACAAUCGGUUGCUACUGAUUUUAAUGAUGAUCCAACAAAAUCAUGUAGACCUUUUGAUAAACAUCGAAGUGGAUUUGUUUUAGGUGAAGGUUCAGGUAUCUUAAUAUUAGAAGAAUUAGAACAUGCAAAAUCAAGAGAUGCUAAAAUUUAUGCAGAAAUUGUUGGUUAUGGGUUAUCUGGUGAUGGUUAUCAUAUAACUGCUCCUUCUCCAGAUGGAUUAGGUGCUAAAAGAGCAAUGGAAUUGGCAACUAGAGGUAUUGAUUUGAAUAAAAUUGGUUACAUAAAUGCACAUGCUACAUCUACAUUAAUCGGUGAUAGAAUUGAAAACAAUGCAAUAAGAGAAAUUUUCCAAAAUAAUAAAGAUUUAUUAGUUUCAUCUACAAAAGGUUCACAUGGUCAUUUAUUGGGUGCUGCAGGUGCUUUAGAAGCUAUUUUUUCAAUUUUAGCUAUAAAAGAUAGUAUCGCUCCACCAACAUUAAAUCUUGAAUCUCCAGGUGGUGCUGAAGGUGAUGAUAUUAAUGAUUUUACUUUAAAUCUUGUUGGUCCAAAACCUCAAAAAUCAAAUAUUGAAUAUGCUUUAUCAAAUAGUUUUGGAUUUGGUGGUGUUAAUACUUCAUUAUUAUUCAAGAAAUACGAUGCAUAA